CAAGUAAAACAGAGUUGGUUGAAUAUGUAAAUGACCUCACAAUCACAGUUGGUGAUGUUGUCAUACAACUAACACCACAAAACAUCAAAAUUAAGAAAUCUGGAAAUGCUACCACGAUUAUCCGAUGGGCCAUACAAGAGAUUUCGAAUGAUGUUGGGUGGAUAUCUGUAUCAAGAAAGCAAGCGAAAGUUUAUCUGAGGGAAGGAGACACCACAGUUAAUGUGAUUCGUAAAGGCCUGUCCCGCAAUACAAGUUUCCUAAAUUUUGGAAUCAGUGAAGUCAAUGGUUUGUCGAAGAAAGCAGGGGGGAUUCUGGGCUCCAUUGCUAACGAGGCAGUGUUUAUCCAAGGAUCAAACACAACUACAGGAAGUGGG